AGCACGGGAAGAUCCAGUUGCCGUGGUUCGAUAGGUGGACUACAAAAGCAAGAUCAAAAGACCGUUCCUGGUGGAGCUGCUGCCGGGGCUUUUUUUCGGAUAUUAUUUUCACGAAGAAAGAAAGUGAAACAGCGAGGACAUCUCAUCGUACUUCCUAUCAAAUGUAAGAAUGUCUGGGUCUGGAAGAGUGCGAGAUUUGUGAUGCAGGUUUUCCAUGACCCAUGAGGUCUGGAAUGCGAGACCCAGCAUGACAGAUUCUUUGGGGUCUCUAUCAUGCCUUUCCUGCAUGAGAAACUCCCUCUCAACUUGGUCAAAAGCGGACGGCUUUUGGCACUCACGCAACACAGAUUUUUGCAUCAUUUAGAUUUAGCAUGACAAGUUCUAAUCUUCCAGACCCAGACAUUUUUGCAGUUGAUACUUCGCGGCAUAGUACAACACUGAGCAAUCGAACCGAAUUGGAUCUGAAAAAGGAGUAUCCUGUGCAAAAGUAUCGUACUCGUAGUAAUUGCAAUCAUGCAUGACAAAUCUUGUUUUUUAGCGAAAUCAGCAUUACAAAUUCCAUUUCUCCUUCUGGAAAAAUUUGUAUUGCGGUUUAUACUAGUACGACACUUUUGCAAUGCAUAAGGAGCUCGAAAAACGAAAAGCCUGGGACAAGAAGCUCCUGGUAAUCGUCUGCGUCUCGUCGGCGCUCGCCGUCGGUGCGGUGAUUGCGGUCUGCUGUAUCAACUGCAAAAAUGUCUGGAACUGGAAACUUGUAAUGCUGCGUUGGGAAUAGUGAAUGCCCUGUAAUGCACGGGCAAGCAUGAGAAAUCAAAUAUCGGCGCUUCUUUGUGUUGCGUUUUUCGCAUGACAAACCGCUGCAUGACAGGCAAAGUGGUCUCGUCUUGGACACGCAUCACAAACUUUUUCGGCAUGCCAGACAAGCAUGACAAACCUUGCAUCCUUCCAGACCCAGACAUUUUUGCAUUUGAUAUGCUGGAAUCUACUGCAAAAGAACAGUUGUGCAUAGCAAAUUAUAUGUCUGGGCAGCUAUCUCCUGGAAGAAAAAUGGAAGUGGUCGUUUGUCAUGCUCGCUAGCAGCAUGACGCUCAAGUCCAAGUGAGUCUGUCACGUUCCUUCUGCAGUAAAACUACGCCCUAUUUAUUUUCUGUAGUGCAGAAACGCAGUUUUUGUUUUUCUUUUUUGCCAUGCCAAAAAAUAGGCAACUACACCUAGCAAGCCAAAAGCUUGCCAUGCUUGGCCGUGAAAAUAAAUUCCGGCUUGUGUUGUCCUCUAGCCCGCAUCUUUACAAGGUAGGUUCCAGGCGUGGAGGUCCAGGGAUACGUAUUUGCAGUGGAUAAAAGCAGUAACGACCACAAUGCGGACAACAACUACACCAACCUAAACAUGUCCCCCUUCCGCAAUUUUAAGCGACACCUCGAAACGCACAUCUGCGCCUAUCCGGAGAUCUGCCGGGCGUGGGAACAGUCCGGGCAGCAGGGCGCCGCGGGCACGUUUCAACUCGCGGCAGAGGCGUUCCAGAAGGCACCCUACGAAAACUGGAAGCAGAAAAAAGGGUAAUGUGAUACAAAAAUCUGCACUAUGAUUAUGUGGCGGUCUUGGAGUUGGAAUCAGCAGUCACUUGAUGAUUUGUCCAUAAAUUUGCGAGUAAGGUCGUCGUUUUCUGUUUUUUGAAGAACGGCCUGCUGUGUGAGGAAGUACUCAAGUUGUAUAAGUAAGUAAGUAGACCUUGUUCAUGGAUAAAAACAAUACACACGACCACUUGCAGGAAAAAGGAAACUGUCGACCUGUUUUUCCUACACGAAAUCGAUCGGCACGUGACGCCGCUCGAGUACCGUUGGUAUUGAAAUGAAAAACUCCCCCUCCCCACAUUGAAAAAGUAUGUUUCCGAAAAUUUGUGUUGCUGAUUUGAGGUCACAAAUCACAUUUGUCUUGGAAGAAGACAAGGGCAGAAGCUUCCGCCCCAUUAUGGAAGCGAUUUGUCACGCUGUUGGGCCUACGGGGGAGCCGUUUGGCAUGCUGAACAACUAGAGCCAUACGCCCCUACCUAGCCUGGGGAUCUGGCCGCAAUCCCUUCCUGCAAUACAAAACUGAUUUGUGUACUCAAGUCCAGCAUCAGAAACCUCGUUUUGAUAUGGGGAGGGGGGAUUUUUCCUUUUGAUAGUUGGCUCGGGCAAGCCACCGGGUACACGUCGAAGCGGUUCACCUUCCGGAACGCAAUUGCUUUCACGAGCAACCAGCAGUGGGUCCAAUCCGCGGACGCGCUGUUUCUCGCCUCCGUGCGGUUUCUGCAGCAGAACACAGCGCGGGUGCAGGCGCAACUGGCGCCGGACGUCGGGGCGCCGACGACCGUUCUGGGGACUCCUGCCACCGGCGGGGGCGGUUGUACUACCUCGGGUGCAGCGCCAGCGGGAGGGACAGCACCCGCGCUAGGUGCAAAGGAUAGAAGCACAAGAACUCCGUCGCAGCUGGUGCACCAGCUGCCGGCCACGGGAGAUGAACAGCAGGAGGAGCAGCAGCCACCAGUUUCUCGCAGGCCGCUGCUGACCCGCAAGUUGUACAAGCGGACACUGAUUGUCGGGUGUAUUCCCUUCCGCUUCCACAAGGCCACGAGACAGGUGCGGAUCGCCUUUGUCCGUGCGAAGCACACGCACGCCCCGGAACUACCGAAGGGCAAGGUGACGGAGCAGGUGCUGCAGUUGCUGUCCCAGCACGAAAAACUGCACCAGGACGACUUUGAGCUCGUCGCCGAUGAUUACCCAAAGCUGAAAGACGAGGCUCUGCGGGAGCUCGCGGAAGAAACCGGCUUGCGGCAGGACGUGGGCGAUUUCAGUAGUGCAGACGACGCGAACGAGGGAAAGAUAGACCUGAAGGACGAGCCAAAGUAUCGAUGUUAAUUUUGUUCUUUUCAAUGUUCGCACAUAUAAACAUAAUUUUAGUAUAAGGAAAAGAAAACCGGAGGCAAGCGCAUUGUUCCUGGCACAGAAGCGACAGAAUAUCAAAACUGUGGAAGUGUACAGUUUGAUGCUUCGCAAAAACUACUGCACAACAUAACGAACGUACCAAGGUAUUACCCCUCCGGAAAAGAGGAGGAUGCUGGUCCUAACAACGGAAGUAAAGUGAUGCAGGUGGUAAAGCGCUCGAUCUUCUACCCGGUCGAGGUAAACAGUGUGCACGAACAUAACUGGUCCGUCACGGACUUUUCCGGCGGUUUCUACCGUGAGCUGGGGAAAAACCUGAAACACGUUUUCGGUCGCGCAGACCUGCUGUUGGAGGAGAUUGAACAGAAUGAGGCGUUUCACUCCGCGCAAGACUUGCGACAGCUCCGCGCACAGUGGAGCGCGGAGAUGAAGAAGGCCGCCAACGCGUAUCGCAGGCAGGUCGCGUAUCAAAGUGAAAAAUCCCCCCUCCCCAUAUCAAAAUAAGUAGAAAUCUGUGAUGCGGGAUUUGUGUACAGAAAUCGAGCUUGUGUUGCAGUAGAGGACUGCACGCAGAUCCGGAGCCUAGGCGGGAGCCUUUUGCUGUAGGCGCCUAGUAUGACAGACGUCCCCUCUGUAGGCCCUACCGCAUUACAAAUCGCCUGCGUAGCGUGUCAGACUCUCUGGAUUUGCCCUCUUGCAAGACAGACAGGAUUGGUGGUCACAAAUCUGCAUGGCAAAUCUUCAGAAGGAUGCGCUUUCAAUAUGGGGAGGGGGGAUUUUUCCCGGCGAUGUCGCGUGGGUUGACCUCAAGGACUUACCGGAGAUCGUGACCACCCUGGCGAAAACCAAAGCAGCGGGAGGCGUAGCCGGCGGGGGGAACAAUAGCGGCCGCGGGGUCGACGAUCCCCUGCUUGGAAAUCGCCAACAGGAGAAGGAUGCUGCUGGACCGUCUUCAAACCUAAACAGUGUCAAGACGGUGCGGCACAACUCUUCGCCCAGAAAUCUGAAGGCCAUCCUCGAGUUCCUACCGUAUUUGGAAAGAAGGUUCGCGAACAGCAAUUGGGACAUAGACAUGGUGGAUUUGAGACAGAAGCUGCAAGCCGCCUACGAAACCCUUGUCGACUACUAUUACAAUGAAAAAUGCCCCCACCCCCGAACUUGGGAGCAUUUGUAUUGCAAACCUUUCCAAAUGAAACAUUCGCCCUCUUGCAUCUAUCAGCAUCACAGGUUUUCAAUCGUUAAUAGCAAAAAUUUGUAUUGCAAAAGACCCCAGCAAGAGCGGCGCUUGUCAUGCAAGCGAUGCGAUACAGGCCUACAUUCUGCAUCAGAAAGAUUCAUACUCCUUUCAUGCAUGACAAAGAGUUUUCAUUUGGAAAUUUCGCAUCACAAAUUUUUGCAAUUUAGGGGUGGGGGGUACUUUUCACUGUAAUAACUACGAUGACCGGGAAAAGAACCGGAAGGACGACCCGGACGAGGAUCCUGGCGCGGCGAUCAAUUUGGACCACCGGGAGCUGCAGGCUCAAUUCUUUCAUCGUGUGCUGGACCAGCAAAGCGGGCGUGCAUUGCCACGUCGUGGGCACGUAGUCAACGAGCAUGCACCAGCAGUGCCUGCCGCCCGGCAAGAACUACAUUCAGCUUCGUUCCUUCACCAGAGAGAUGGGCCCCUUCUCUCGCCUCGAAGCGAGUCAGUGUAUCCCAGGGGAGUAAAAAGCUGGCGGGUCAUACGAGUUUUUAUGAAUGCAAAAAUAAGUAAGUACUUGCGGGAAAAACAUGUAUACAGAUUUGUUUUUGGAUCUAUCCAACAGGAGUUCUUUUUCGUGCAAUGACCUGCCAGAAGCCUUUUUCUGUGGGACACAACAGUACCCGGGAAGAUAAUGCUGAUGAACCGAGUGCUGAACAAUAGUGAAGUUCCUCAAGCUCUUGUGGACGAUGAAGAUAUGCCGCAGGGUACUACCGAUCCUGGGAUGAAUCAUCCCGAGAAUAGCAACGUCCCACCCGGAGGUAGCAGAGAGCACGACCAGAACCAAAACUAUCAAAACGCAAAUAGGUCGUGGUCAACAUCUAGGCUACUGGAUGAAUAAACCUGUGAUGGUGCUGUUGGUGGGGAGUGUUUGGAGAGGAUGACUUCUUUAAAAAAUUUCUGUACGAGCUAAUUCGAUAAAAGAGAAAGUCUUGUCGUACGGAUGUCAGAUACCUCUCUAUUUUGCAUGUUGACAAGAAAGAACAAGUAGGAACAGGAAGCUGCGCUUUUGCAUUUUCUGGUCAACAACUUCUACAUGCAGUACAGAUUCAUUAUUUUCAGGUUGCGUACAAAUGAGAUAUCCAGCCGCAGCACCAACACCUUACAACUUUAUUCCUGACCCAGAUGACACAACAUUUGUACAUGCAUAAGAACCUCCUCCCAGAACAACCAGAUCCAAAACCGACUCCGAAAAUAACGGCAAGUAGGAUUGUAUCUCCUGGCAGCAGCACGCCGCGCGAGCUUUCGCAGCAGCGAAGUGGACCCGACGCCGGUUGGGGGCAGCAACAGACCGAAGGUGAUGUUGAACAACGUGUAUCUAGAAGUACUGAUGUACCUCAGGCAUCUGGCGGCCCACCCAGAGGACGUGAACGAGCCGGGGUGGAAGGUGAAGUGCAAGAAGGAAAAGUAGAACCGCAGAGAACUUCACUAACAACGACAGAAACGACAGCCCGCGGCCCUGGAUUGAUAUUCCAGAAACCACAACCCGCGGCCCGGGAAUAGUAUUCCCCCCACCUGCUACUUUUCCCGCCACAAGAGCCGCUUCAACAAACCUGCAACCGGGCGGACGCGGAGGGACCUCCACGGGAACUGAUUCUGAUUUAUUUACUCCACCUCCGAACUCCGGGCAGGAGUUGACCCGGUCGCACGAACGACGACGGCCCGAAUCCACUAUGACACCCUGGGGGCUCCCGCCGCCCGGGUUUCGAGAAAGUACUUGGUCGUCGGGCCGGGUGGGGGCGGGGGGCCAGUUUUUACAGCGCGUUCAUCAUUCGCCACAGCGGAGGACCGUUUAUGAAAACGGAGAACAGUUGGCAGAACAAACACAUGAGACGGGAAGUGAAGACUUGCGCUAUGUGUGAAGGAUGUUUCAACAAUCCGCCCAUGCGGUCGUACUGCUAGUUCACAGGCAACACCAACUGUAGCUAUCAUCAAUGACUAGUACUAAAAGAUUUUUGUGAAACAUUAAAAACAAGAGCAGUUUUAUUUUUCUCAUGGAUGUUUAUUGCCAAAGUUAUCUUCAGCCCGAUCGAAUCGGAGAUGCUCCCGAAUAUUGAACACCUAAUGAUAAAAAAUAUGUUCUUGGGACUGCAUAAGUGCCCUGAACUGAUGAAAAUGUAGAUAGCAAGAAAGAAACAGGUCGUAGGCUGUGCAUAUUACAAAUUGACUAUAUUUAUCGCAGUUAAUAGGUGAUGAAGAUGAUGUAAUUGUAUUAUGAUGACGCUAUGCAUUCUCCGGACGAGUAUGACCUCAUGCAUUCUCCGGACGAGUAUGACGCUAUGCAUUCUCCUCGACUUCUAAUUUUCUUUCACGGAAUUGAUGUGCUACCCACGACCCCGGACACAGCACGCUUUUAUAAUUCCAAUGGCCUGCCAUUUCAAAUGGAUUUUAAAGAAUCUUAGUGUAUUCGAGGAAAAUGUACUUUGUUUCCGAGGUCGCGAAAUUAUGCAAGUCGUCGCUGUGCAUUUCAAAUUCAAUAACUUAGUAAAAACACCCAAUGAAGAGCCUGACAAAAGUUGCAGAGCCGCCUUAUUUAUGUACUCAAUUCACCUGAAAAAUUUAAAGAAAGCUUUGUAAUGGAAAGAUUUUGUCACGUUUACUUCGGAUCGAUCCGAGUUUUAGUACUAGCAUACAUCAGACUAGUGCUACGCAUAAUAGGUAUUGGCAUUGGCAAUUAAUAGCUCAAUCUGUACGACUUGUACUAGCGAGAUCAUUCUGAUAGGAGUAUCGAAAAAUUAUAAUUUCUAUUUGAGUGGCUCUGCCUCAUGCUGUCCCACAGCAAUGAAUUUGCAGCAAAAGCCCGGGAGGACACGCGCACUGUAUCGGACGUCGACGAGAAAUUUCUAUUCCCCAGCUGUAAUAAAGUACUACUUUUUUUAUCUCCUUUAUCUCUUAUCAGCAUCAACAAUAAACUUAUCAGAUGUUGACUGAAGCGACCGCGACGUUGCUAUCAUUUUUUAUUUUUCCAGAAUCGCACACAGUCACAGCGAUCCAGACUUUGACUUUUUCCGCCGCAAUAUUCCGUCGGUGCGCAGCUCUUGGCUGCAUCAAUUUCGUCGACUGAGCAGGAUAAAAAAUCCACACGUCGAGUUGCAGCUUCGCAGAACAAAAGCUGAAGAAAAUAGCUGCUGUUAUUUGAUUCUAGCCCCCGACAAAAGGCGCGUUCCUGGAUCGGAUAAGUAAGUAUGUUGUAAG